AUGGCAUCGACCCUCAGUCCAAAUACGCUAUCAGUCCAGAAUGGGCCCCCUCGAUCAUCACAUUCAUCAUCACCUUCACUUGGCGGUGAAACUUUACGGUCAAGAGCAGACUCAACUAUCUCUUGUGCAGAUACUGUUGUUAGGUCAAGAGCAAACUCAGCAGCUACCACCACCAAAGCUGUAUAUGAUGACGUCUCAGUGGAAGAUGCCUUAAAUCCGGAUGCUCGAAAUGAGGAUGAUUUCAUCGUGCAAGAUAAUAAGUUUGCCUUCUCACCCGGCCAGCUCAACAAGAUGCAAAAUCCGAAGUCCCUGGCUGCCUUUCAAGCGCUUGGUGGCUUACAUGGCCUGGAACGCGGCUUGCGGACAGAUUUGGCAGCUGGGUUGUCCAUAGAUGAGGGUCGCUUAGAAGGCACCAUGAGCUUCCAAGAGGCGACGUCUGGGAACGCCCACCCCAAACAACAAUUGUCCUCAAUCACAGAAACACCUGCAUCCGAGACCGACUCACAGUUCCAGGAUCGCAUACGCAUCUUCAGCCAAAACAGACUGCCUGCUCGUAAGUCGACUGGCUUUCUAAAGUUGCUUUGGCUUGCAUACAAUGAUAAAAUUAUUAUCUUGCUUACUAUCGCCGCUAUUGUAUCACUGUCUCUGGGUAUCUAUGAGACCGUCAGUGAAGGUUCAGGAGUCGACUGGGUCGAAGGAGUUGCUAUCUGUGUUGCGAUAUUGAUUGUCACCGUUGUCACAGCCGCCAACGACUGGCAGAAAGAAAGGCAAUUUGCCAAGUUGAACAAACGUAACAAUGACAGAGAAGUCAAAGCCGUCCGCUCGGGCAAGGUGUCUAUGAUUUCAAUCUAUGAUAUUACUGUUGGAGACGUUCUCCACCUUGAGCCCGGUGACUCUAUCCCUGCUGAUGGUGUGCUGAUAUCUGGUCACGGAAUCAAGUGUGACGAGUCUUCUGCCACUGGCGAGUCAGAUCAGAUGAAGAAAACCGAUGGAUAUGAAGCCUGGCGGCAAAUCACAAAUGGCACUGCUACGAAGAAACUCGACCCCUUUAUGAUUUCUGGCGGUAAGGUCCUUGAAGGUGUAGGGACCUUCCUAGUAACGAGCGUCGGACGAUACUCAACUUAUGGGCGCAUCCUGUUGUCGUUGCAGGAGAAUAAUGAUCCGACCCCUUUGCAAGUCAAGCUGGGAAGGCUUGCCAACUGGAUCGGCUGGCUGGGCUCUGGCGCUGCAAUCGUCCUGUUCUUCGCAUUGCUUUUUAGAUUCAUUGCUCAACUCCCGGAUAACCCUGGCUCUCCUGCGCACAAGGGAAAGGAAUUCGUAGAUAUUCUCAUCGUUGCUGUUACAGUUAUUGUCGUCGCCAUUCCUGAGGGUCUCCCACUGGCUGUAACUUUGGCACUAGCCUUUGCUACAACACGAAUGGUCAAAGAGAACAACCUUGUGCGCGUCUUUCGUGCUUGCGAGACGAUGGGAAAUGCCACAGUCAUUUGCUCCGACAAGACAGGGACUCUAACCCAAAAUAAAAUGACUGUGGUCGCCGGGACGCUGGGGCAAAAGAGCUUCGGACAAGAUGACAAUUCCAGCUCCUCGGUGACCGCAGCUGAGACUUUCAAGCAGUUUUCUUCCAGGAUGCGUGACCUGAUCGUCAAGAGCAUUGCAAUUAACUCGACCGCUUUUGAGGAGGAAAGGGAGGGCUCGAAAGAGUUCAUCGGGAGUAAAACCGAAGUAGCAUUGC